AUGAGAUCAUUAUCAUCUCUAAAAUAUUGUUCUGUGUAUGGUAAAAAUGAGGUCGAAAUGAUGCUAGACUACUUCAAAGUGUUGAUAGAAGAAAUUGAGGAAUCGAACCUACCCUAUUUCAAUUUCAAAUUUAUCACUCGUUACACGCACUCCGACAUGCAAGGGCUGGGUGUGCUAGAUGACCUUUUGUACGAAUACUUUGAAGGCCUAAUACAAAAUGGUCGCUUAAAGAACACUUUUAUUUUCCUAUUCGGUGAUCACGGUUUAAGAUAUGGACCACCAAGACAAACUUUGGAUGGAAUGUUAGAGAAUCGUAUGCCUUUCCUUCUAGCCAUUCCACCCGACAACUUCUUCACAGAUUUCGAUCAAAAUGAUACCAUAUUUAGAACUAACACCCAACGUCUAGUAACGGCUUUCGACAUCCAUAAAACAUUGCUCAAUUUACUCGAGAUCACCAAUGGUGCAAGAGAUACUACCAAGGGUAUUAGUUUACUGGAACCGAUACCCAUGAAUCGCACUUGCGAAUCUGCUUUUAUAUCCGCAGAUUACUGCCCCUGCAAUUGGAUAAAAAUGGUUCCACCAAAGGUGUUCAAUAAAAUUAUCUCUGGUAACGAUAUAGAUGCCUUGUAUACAUCUAAGCUGAUUAGAUAUGGUGUUGAUUUAGCCAUUAAAAGUAUCAAAAAUAUUUUAUCAAGUUAUCGCCAUAUUUGUCUAGUAGAUGAAUUGGAAUUAGCUACUAUAAUUUAUGCCAUUUUGAUAACAAAUAAUAAUGUGACUAGUGAUCAAGAUCUUAAAAUGCUGGCCGCAUUGAACAUAAACACGAACGUUAAUGACGCAGUCAAAAUAAGUGACAUCGAUGAAACUCGACUGCCAAAAGUAUUCGGGUUGAUAAAGGGGUUCGUAUUGGCAUUUAAAUUCUCACCUAAUCAAGUGGCUUACGAAACGACUAUAGAAUUUUAUCAGCAAAAUGCAACCAAAAUUUUCAAGAAGAUAAAAGUAAUAUUCCCGCUUGACGCUUACGAGGUCCGCUCGUAUUGCACAAAAGUUAAUCGCAUUAAACCCUUUUGA